CGUUGGCUCGUGCUUGCUACCUUAGUAAAGUAGAAUGCGCCACACCAAAGCGUGGCACGUACUUUCGAUCCUCGCCUGUACUUCAUCACGUGACCAUCUCACGUGCCAUAAAUAAUGAUAAUUACGAUACUGAUGCACAAUAUAAAACGGCAGAAGAGAAAGUAGCGAA